GGAAAGCGAGCCGAGGGAGGAGGGCGAGCCCGAAGCUCUCCAGCGCCCCGGUCGGAGCCGGGCGGCGAUCUUUUGUCUGGAGGUGAAGAACGGCGGUAGCCGCCGCCGCCGCUGCUGUUGUUGGAGCCGGGCAGGCACCUGCGCAGCCCCGCCAGGGGAUCCCCAGCAUCGCGGCCGGCUCGACGCGGAGGCUCCCCGGCGCGCAUCUGGGCAGCUGUUGUGCAAACGGACGAAGCAAAAAGAAAAGAAAAAGACUGCUGGGGGGGCAGAUAAAAAGACGGGGGGAGGCCCGGAAAAGCGACUCUUAAGGUGGACUGGCGCUUCCAGUCCCGUUUAGGCUGCUUUUAAGGCGGAGCCUUUGCUUGCCAAGGUGAAAUUGACAUCCAGGUUGGAAUUACUCUUUUUUUUUUUUUUUUUUUGUAAUCCUUCUUGCAUCAGCCUGGUAUUUUUUUUAAAUCGUUCUUUUUUUUGGAGAUGGAUCGAUAAGACUUUGUUUUUGGCCCAGGGAAGGACGGUCGUCUUUCUGUUCUCGUGUUCCAGACGACGAAGAGGGUUUGAUCCCGGGAGGGGGGUGGGGAGGGAAGAAUCCCGGGUUCUUGCUACCGUUGUGUUUCUCGUUCCCCUCCUGGCCAGAAAUGGGGCAGAUUUGCUAGCCGGGGGGGGGGGGGGGCAAGAACGAAACCUCUUGUCUUUUUUUCCCCCCCUCCUGUGACCAUGACUAAAUCCCGGCCUUUUUGCAGAAAAAGACAGCCGAUGGAAGGAGCCGAGCUGGGAAUUGAAAGCCAGAAAUUUAGCAGCCGAGAAUUGGACGGGAGAGAAGGUUUACUUUUCCAACAAGUUUCUAGUUCUUCUUGAUCGUUCUUGGAGAGGAGGGGGAGGGGCGUCUUUGAAAACUUAAGGCUCUUUUUUUUUUUUUUAAGGAAAAAAAAAUUCAAAUAGAGGAGGGGGAGGAGAGUUGGGUCAGUCCGCCGGUAUUUAUUUCCCCCUCGUUUUCAUCUAUACAUACUUUGUUGUUGUUUACCGACCCUUUUGAAGAGCCAAAGAACUAAAAAGACAUGGAAACUGUUGGGAAAUUUGAAUUCAGUAGGAAAGACUUGAUCGGCCAUGGAGCUUUCGCUGUGGUGUUCAAAGGGAGACACAAAGAGAAACCUGAACUGGAGGUUGCGAUCAAAUGCAUCAACAAGAAGAACUUGGCAAAAUCCCAAACCCUCUUGGGGAAGGAGAUUAAAAUACUCAAGGAACUGAAACAUGAAAACAUUGUGGCCUUGUACGAUUUCCAGGAAAUGGCCAAUUCGGUUUAUUUGGUUAUGGAGUACUGCAAUGGGGGUGAUCUGGCAGAUUACUUGCACAGUAUGAGGACUCUCAGCGAGGACACGAUCCGACUCUUUCUUCAACAAAUCGCUGGUGCCAUGAAGGUGUUGCAUAGCAAAGGCAUAAUCCACCGGGAUCUGAAACCUCAGAAUAUUCUCCUUUCCUUCGCGGGGGGCAAGAAAUCGAACCCCAAUAACAUCCGCAUUAAGAUCGCUGAUUUUGGAUUUGCGCGGUACCUGCAAAAUAACAUGAUGGCCGCGACGCUCUGUGGUUCCCCGAUGUACAUGGCCCCUGAAGUUAUUAUGUCACAACACUAUGAUGCCAAAGCUGAUCUGUGGAGUAUUGGCACCAUCAUUUACCAGUGUCUGACAGGAAAAGCUCCCUUUCAGGCCAGCAGCCCUCAAGACCUUCGUCUCUUCUACGAGAAAAACAAGAUGCUGAUGCCCAACAUCCCAAGAGAGACGUCCAGCCAUUUGAGACAGCUGCUACUCGGACUCCUGCAACGAAAUCACAAGGACCGCAUGGAUUUUGAUGAAUUUUUCCAUCACCCUUUCUUGGAUGCAAGUGCCUCUAUGAAAAAAUCUGCUUCUGUGCCAAUGCCUUCCUACCCAAGUUCGGCCUCUGGGAGUUCCUCCAGCAGCUCUUCCACAUCCCAUUUAGCAUCUCCCCCUUCCCUGGCAGAGAUGCAUCACCUGCAGGAGAAAGUUUUGGCCUCCCCUACCCAGGAUUCUCCUGGCUUCCUGCACGGGUCAAAGGAGUCAGCGGGCAGCAGCAGCAAGAAUUCCUCCUGCGACAUCGAUGACUUCGUUAUGGUGCCGGCCCAGUUUUCUAGUGACAUAGCAGUGGAAGCCGCCGGAGGGAAAACUAUCCAGGAUAGCCUGAUGUGCAGUGGGAGUUCCCUGGUGACGUCGGCAGGCUUGGAAAGUCAGGGGAGGACACCGUCUCCUUCCCCUCCUUACAGCAGCUCUCCCAGCCCAUCAGGCAGGCCUGGCCAGUUUUCAUCAGGCAGCAAAUAUGGACAGUCUGUCCCCAUCCCGGUCCCUACGCAGAUCCACAACUACAGAAGGAUCGAGCAGAACCUUCAGUCUCCCAAUCAGUACCCUUCUCCAAGGUCUGGCGCAGUCAGGAGAUCCAGCAGCACGAGUCCACUCGGUCUCACCAAGGCCAGCCCCUCCCCUCCGUUUGCGGCCGGAGAGCAUGGAGCCACGCCGGCUUCUAGGAGGUUCUCCUUUGGUGGUGCAAAGCCUUACACGCCAUCCCCACAAGUUGGAACCAUCCCUGAGCAGCCUGACCAGACCAUUAUCCCUUCCCUGUUUGGAGCAGAGAUGAGAAGCCGGGUUCCCAUGCCUGGUGCCUCCGUGCCUGACCCUUCCCUGCGAGGGAUGGGCUCCCGCCUCCACAGCGCCCCCAACUUGUCAGAUAUGCAUUCCUGCCGGCAGAAGAUCACCAAGCAAUACUCGGAUCCUUUGGUCGCCCAUUUCAGCCACACCCCUCCGUUCAGCCACGUGCCGGCCAGCCUGCCCACCACGGCACACGGACUGCAGCCUUGCCGCCCACUGCGGUCCUCACCGAAGCUCUCUGAGUUUAUGCAGAGGAGCCCUUUGCCGACGAUCAUGGGAUCUCCGACAAAGGCGAUGUCUCCUUUCGAGUUCAACAAGACCCCCAGCUCCCAAAACCUGCUUGCCCUCCUGGCCCACCAGGGCGUCAUGAUAGCCCCGACGAGGAACAAGACUCUCCCGGACCUGAAGGAGAUGGGCCACUUCCACUGCCAGCAGGCAGGACUAGGCCUGAGGCCGAUGGAAGAAGCCAAGGGCAGAUCUCUCAGCACCGGCCGCCUCACCGACCUCCUCCUGAAGGCUGCUUUUGGGGCCCAGAUCCCUGAAGCUGGCAGCAGCGACAGCCUGAACAACGAGAAACCCAUGGAGAUCACAGCUCCACCAGCUACCUGUGGAGGAAACUUGAACGCCAGGGCCAGGGACGGGGGCUCAGCCAGUCCUUCCCCAGUGAUCUUCACUGUCGGAUCCCCUCCCAGUGGGACAACGCCGCCGCAAACCACCACCCGGGCAAGAAUGUUUUCAGUGGGAUCUUCUAGCUCCUUAAGUUCCGGAGGAUCUUUCAGCGGGCGGCAUUUGAUCAUGGGAGCUGGCACAGACAUGUUGGAAGCCCCAUCGGGGUUCAGAUACACAUUUGCUGACCCUGUCACUGCCAACCUAGAAGGAACGGUCACUUUUGAGGCCCCUGAGCUACCGGAGGAAACUCUGAUGGAGCAAGAGCACACGGACAUCUUGCACAGCUUGCGUUUCACCCUGGCCUUCGUCCACUACGUGAUGGAGAUAGCCGCCAUCAAAGGGAGCACGAGCGAGAUGAACAGCUCAGCCGCCUCCGAGUACCAGCUGCAGGAGAGUGUCGUGGCUGACCAGAUCAGCCUGCUGAGCAAAGAAUGGAGCUAUGCCGAACAGCUGGUGUUGUACCUGAAGGUGGCGGAACUCUUAUCCUCGGGCCUCCAGAUGGCCAUCGACCAGAUCCGGGCAGGCAAGCUGUGUCUCUCCUCUACGGUUAAGCAAGUUGUACGGAAGCUGAACGAGCUGUACAAAUCCAGCGUGUCGUCCUGCCACUGCCUGAACAUGCGGCUGCAGAGGUGGUUCCUGGAUAAGCAGAAGCUCAUGGACCGCAUCAACAGCAUCACCGCAGAGAAGCUAAUCUUCAGCCACGCUGUGCAAAUGGUUCAGGCUGCGGCGCUGGACGAGAUGUUCCACCACAGAGAGGACUGUGCCCAAAGAUACCACAAGGCGCUGCUGCUGAUGGAGGGCCUCUUGAACAUCAUCACGGAGCAAGGAGACAUUGAGAACAUUAACAAAUGUAAAAUGUGCAUCGAGCGCCGACUGUCAGCCCUGCUGUCUGGGAUCUGUGCGUGACGGAACGAGCCCUCGCCCCACAGGUGGCCGCCAUCUCAGGACACUCCCUGCUCAGAAGGAAGGGG